GGUCCCCCCCACAAGGCCUCCUCGUCCUCCCUUUCCAGCGUUGUCCGUCAUGGCUUCCAAAGUCAUUCCCUGGUAUAAGCGGAAGAGCGGCAGCCAAGUGAAAAGCGAUCUGGCUUAUCAGUACAGCAGCAAGCGCGUCAUCUCGCUGCAGACGGCGCAAAGCAGAAAGUCGCGUUCCCAGUCGGCGAGGCAGGUGCAGGCCGGGGCCACAGAGGCGAUGGCGGAGGCAGCGUACACCAUCCCGGUGUUCCGGCAGAGGACUAGCGAGGAGAUGGGAGAGAUUGAGGAGUACCAGCGAGUGAGCCGAAAAGUGGAAAAGGGCUUGGCUGCCAUCCAGGAGGAACUCCAAAGGAUGAGGAUCGCCACCAAGGCUCAAGUGGACAGCCUGGCCAUCGACAGAGAGGUGAAGGAGAAGAUGUACCGGAAAGUGGAUUUGCCGCGGGAAAUCCCGCGCGUGCCCGACUUCAUCGUGGCCCUGCGGCCUCACACCGUGUGGGAGAAGAUGUCCGUCAAGCUCUUCUGCACCGUGCUGGGGACCCCCAUGCCUGUCGUCAGAUGGUACAAAGGAGGCGUCCCGGUGGACCCCCUGAGCGCCCCGGGGAAGUACAAGAUAGACAGCAAGUACGGAGUCCACAGUUUGAUCAUUAGCAGGUGCGUUCUGAGCGACACGGCCGAGUACAGCGCCGUGGCCACCAACCCCCACGGCACAGCCACCAGCGCGGCCGCGGUCGCCGUCAGGAGCGCAAGCGGAGGCGCGUGGUCCAGCCAGAUCGGUCUGGCCCCCCGUCCGAGCGGGGCCCACUCCAGUAAGCUGGAGGUGAGCCUGGUGCAUUGCUUCCCGGUCACCUUCGGCGUGGAGGGCGAGUCGGCCAGCCUGCUGUGCUCCCUGGUGGUGGUCCCCGACCUCCCCAACCUGCCGCCCUUCAUCGAGUGGUACCGCGACGAUCAACUUUUGCAGCCCGGCCCCCUGGUGGACAUGUCGCUGGCCGGCAGCGUGGCCCGCCUGGCGCUGCCCCGCCUGGCCAAGGACGACGAGGGCCUCUACACCAUCCGCGUGUACACCAAAGACGGGGCCUCCGAGCACUGCGCCUACCUCUUCGUCUCAGACGCCGCCCCGCCGGUGGCCGGGGCUCCCGGAGCCCCCGUCGAUGUCAAGGCUUACGACGUCAACUCGGACUACAUCCUGGUUGCCUGGAAAGCGCCCAACACCGUUAACGAGGCGGCCGUCAGCGGCUACUUUGUGGACAGGUGCGAGGCAGGGAGCGACUCGUGGACGCAGUGCAACGACGCCCCGGUGAAGGUGUGCAAGUACCCGGUGGCCGACCUGAAGGCGGGCCACUCGUACCGCUUCCGCGUGCGAGCCGUGAACGGCGCCGGCGUCAGCAGGGCCUCGCGACCCUCCGACGCCGUCGUGGCCCUCGAUGCCGCCGAGAGCGCCCGGAUGGAAGGUGGCGCCCAAGGCGUGGCGUCCGCUCCCGGGCAACCGGUCGCAACCCGCAACACCAAGUCGUCCGUCUUCGUCCAGUGGGAGCCGCCCACGCACGGACAGCAAGGCCUGAUGGGCUACUACAUCGACGCCCGCGCGGUGGGCAGUGAGGACUGGUUCGCCUGCAACAACAAACCGUUCAAACACAACAGGUUUGUGGUGCAUGGCCUUACGCCGGGGGAGAGCUACGUGUUUCGGGUGCAAGCCGUCAACGUUUUCGGCCUGAGCGAAGAGUCCCAGGAGUCGGGACCCAUCGCGGUGGAGCCGGCCCUGGCCCCCCCCAGCGCCCCCUACGGCAUCAGCCUGCUGAACUGCGACGGCUCCUCCAUGACGGUGUCCUGGAGCAGCCCCAAGAGCUGCGGCGGCUCCAAGAUCACUGCCUACUACGUGGACAGACGAGACGUCGACACCCUGGUCUGGAAAGAGGUCAAUGUGGGCGCCAUCGUGGACCCAGUGUGCACAGUGGAUAAUCUGACUGAAGGGACCUUCUAUGAGUUCAAAGUUCAAGCGGCCAACAUGGCAGGCGUGGGCGUGCCCUCGGCCCCCAGUCUGCCGAUGAAGUGUGAGGCGUGGACCGCGGAGCAGCCAGGUCCAGCUUAUGACCUGACCUUCAGCGAGGUCCGUAGUCAUUCCCUGGUCCUGGUUUGGAAAGCUCCGGUCUACACUGGGUCAAGCGCCGUCUCCGGGUACUUUGUGGACAUGGCCAAGAAGGGCUCUUGCGAUUUUGUCGCCCUGAACGAGAACGCCAUCACUCGGCGCUACAUGCAGGUGAGCGGUCUGGAGGAGGGCGAGUGGUACGUGUUCCGGGUUCGUGCCGUCAACACUCACGGCAUCGGUAGACCCUCCCUGGUGACCGAGGCUGUCUGCGCCAAACCUCCUCCAGGCACCAAGGAGAUCGUGGCCGGUGUGGAUGAGGAAACGGGUGACGUCUACCUGUCCCUGGAGGCCAGUGACGUCAGCCCCGCCUCUGCCUUCGUGUGGUCCAAGAACUACAAGCCCAUCGGCGAAUGCCCUCGCGUCUGCGUCACCACCAAAGGACGCACUUCCAGACUGAGUUUCCUGAACCCCGACAAAGACGAUCUGGGCCGCUACUCCGUGCUGGUCACCGACACCGACGGCGUUUCUGCCAGCCACACGCUCUCCGAGGACGCGCUCAACUCCAUGCUGGAGCUCAGCAACGCCAUCAGGAACCCCGUCGUUCCACUCAAGCACGGCCUGAACUACGAGGUCCUGGAGAAAGGCCACGUGCGCUUCUGGGUGCAGGCCGUCAAGCUGACGCCCGCCGUGACGUACAGGUUCGUCGUCAACAACGAGGAGGUGACCAGCGGCGAGGGCCGCAAGAUAAGCCACGACGUGUCCACGGGCGUCAUCCAGAUGAUGGUGGAGAAUUUCACCCGGGAGAGCGAGGGCACCUACACGGUGCAAAUCCACGACGGCAAGGCCAAAGCGCAGAGCUCCCUGGUCCUGGUCGGAGAUGUGUUCCUGGCUGCUCUGAAGGAAGCCGAGUUGCAGAGGAGAGACUUUGUCAGGAAGCAAGGUGCCCAUUUCUCCGAGUACCUGUCUUUCGCCGUGACCGAGGACUGCGGCGUGAUGCUGGCCUGCAAGGUGGCCAACGUGAAAAAGGAGACCGCCUUCCACUGGUACAAAGAUGACGAGGCCAUGGUUCCGGAAACGCCGCCCAACGUCAUGUCGGGAUCCUGCACCCUUCCCAUCCCGCAGUUCUCCAGGAAGGAUCAGGGCGUGUACAAGGCCGUGAUCGGAGACGAGCGCGGCAAGGACACGUCAACCUACGACAUCUCGGGGCAAGUCUUUGAUGACAUCAUCAACGCCCUCGCCAGCAUCGCAGGCGAAUCGGCCUCCGAGAUGGUGCUCCAGUGUACUCCGGAGGGCAUCCGUCUGCAGUGCUACAUGAACUACUACACGGAGGAGAUGAAGACUACGUGGAAACACAAGGAGAGCAAGAUCGCCUCCUCGGAGAAGAUGAAGAUCGGCGGCACGGCCGAGAUGGCCUGGAUGCAGAUCUGCGACCCGUCCGACAAGGAGAAGGGUCUGUACACCAUCGAGAUCUCAGACGGCGUCAAGACCCACGCCAGGACCUUCGACCUUUCCGGACAAGCUUACACCGACGCCUACGAGGAGUACCUCAGACUAAAGGCCGCUGCCUUUGCGGAGAAAAACCGUGGCCGAGUGCUGGGCGGCCUGCCCGACGUGGUCACCAUCAUGGAGGAUAAGUCCCUGAGCCUGACUUGCACCGUGUGGGGCGACCCCACCCCUGAGGUCACCUGGUUCAAGAAUGAGCAGGAGGUGGUCUCCACCGAGCACACCAGGAUCACUUUUGAUAGCGGAAAGUUCUCCAGUCUGCUCAUCAACCGGGUCACGCCCGAAGACUCCGGCAAGUACAGCAUCAACGUGCGCAACAAGUACGGCGGCGAGUUUGUGGAAAUCACCGUCAGCGUGUACCGCCACGGAGAGCAGAUCCCAGAGUCCAAGCUGGCCCGCGCCAAGAUGGCCACGCCCGCUGUCAUACCGCCCUCCAAGACGCCCACCCCCAAAGCGUCCAGUCAGUCCCCAGCCAUGUCCGCGAAGAGCCCCACACCCGCCGCCACCACCCCCAAAUCCCCAACCCCAGGCCCCAAGUCCCCAACCCCAGCCCCCAAAUCCCCAACCCCAGCCCCCACGUCUCCCACCCCAGCCGCCAAAUCUCCCACCCCGGCCCUCAAAUCUCCCACCCCAGCUCCCAAGUCACCCACUCCAGCCCCCAAAGCUCCGACCCCAAUUGAAAAGUCCUCGACUCCUACCCCUCAGUCCCCCACCCCCACCCCGAGACCUAAGUCCCCAACCCCCGGUGUCAAGUCCCCCACUCCGUCCAGAUCCAUGAAGUCUCCAACCCCACCCGCGAAGUAGUUGGUGGACCGCCCCCACCCUAAAAUCCCCUUCCCCUAGCCUCAAAAACUCCCAACCCAAAAAUGUCCUUGUUUGAAAUCCAAAACUCCCUUGGGAAUGUCUCCGACUCCACCCUUUGAUUAUCUGACGCAUAGCCUGACUCGUACCAAAGUCCCCAACUCCCUAGUAUCAACCCACCUACGCUGUCCAGAUUAAAAAAUUUUCCCGUCUCUCCUGGGAGGUAGAUUGUGCCCCAAGACAGUCCCAAAGUCCCUUUCUUGGCCCGACAAUCGCCUACCCCAGCCCCCGAAUCAUGAGUUCAAGUUUCUGACUUCCUUAGGAAUGUUCUACAAUCUGCUCCCCCACCCCUUUGCCCCCCAAAUUUCCGACACGUACCCUGACGCCAAAAGUUCCCUCCCCCUCUCGUCAUCCUGAACGUGAUGGGCCCUGUUGUCACCCACCCCGCACCGUGAAAUCUUCCACUCACCCCCAAAUUCCCCACCCGACUCUCCAAAUCGGCCUUGGAAAUGUCCCCCGGGCCCCCCAUUAUGAAGUUGCCGCCACAGCCCAGAUUCAGGAAGUCUCCGAUCUCGCCGAGGAAGGUGGUGAGGGUGUUUAGCAUCCGAAUGAAAUUGCUCAGUGGGAAACGGAAAGAGAAAAAGUGAACUUUCAUGGUGUCUUGAAGAGAUUUGCAAUGUGACUUGAUAAGUUGAAAAGCUAGCGCUAGCGGAAUGCUCUGGGGGAGUGGUCUCAGCGUGGUUUUUAGCACUUCUUGGGUUUUUGGUGGGGGGAGUGGGAUCAUCUCAAGUUUUCAGCACUAAAGCGAGAGCUGGGAUACAAAUUGUUUUUUUUUUUUUUUGUGGUUGAAAUUAAACAACCAAGUCAAGUGACACGGCCACAAAUUAGCGUUUUGUGCCCACUUGAUGUAUCGACAAUAUGCUUUUUUUUUCUUUUUUGGGGAGGUGUGAAGCAAAAUAU